UGUUGAUUCGACUGUACGGAGACUGUUGGUUUCUGCCCUUUCAUUUCUGUUGAAUGCGGCAUAGUUGAUUACCUGGCGAUUUCGACGAUCUUCACGAGCACACAGCAUUGCAGCGCCGGGGCGACAGUAUCUACCCCCUUCGACGACAUCACCAACGACCCACUCCUAGUUCUGCGCGUCGUGUGCUGCGCGUUUUUGGUGAACGGUUCUUCGUACUCCGCGGCCUGGGACCCUGAAAUGGGCCUGGAGAUUUGGCAAGAUGCAGCAACGCCGAGAUGAGAUUCUCGCAAAGAAGGCCAAGCUCGCCGAGUUGAAGCGGCAGAGAGAGCUGCGGGCGAGCCAGGCGACAGCCCGCCAGAGCAUCAGCUCCAGCGAAUUAAUAUCCCCGACACCGGGACGAGCCGACAAUCGGCGCGAGAUCGAGUCGCUAAUCAACAGUCUGGUUGGAGAGAGCAGGCCCGUCUCCGUCUCGACAGGAGCAAAUUCCCCUAGACGCGGAAGCAGGCCAAACAGCGUUCUCAGUGCCGGAGAGCUGAGCAUCGGGAAUAAUUCCGAGUUUGCUGCCCCCGCAAACGCAAAUGGGCAGGUGGCCAGCUCGCAACCCCAGGUCCUCUCUACUAGCCUUAGGACCGUCUACGAGUGCCCUCCGUCGCCGGUAAAGGAGGUCUUCUCGUAUAGUAAAGGAGUUCAAACCACGGAGGAAUGGACAAGCCCCAGGAAAUCCCAUACACUUUCAGAGUCGGAAGAUGAAGAGCCACCGGUCACGGCAUCGCCCAGCAAACGGCUCAGCCGAAGACAGCGAGAUCGGGAGCAAGAGCUGAGGGAUAGUAUCCGGAAAGAGAUUGAAGAGGAACUCCGAGCGGCCAAAGAGCUUGUAACCGAUGGCGUGCUCAAACCGUCGGCAGCGGCCAAUUUCCCCGCGCGGGCGCUCACCGCCGAAGAACUCAAGGCGGUUACGCAGUCUGAAGACUUUAUGGACUUUAUCGACAGGUCAACCAAGGUCAUAGAGAAGGCUCUGGACCAAGAAUACGACAUUCUCACUGACUACACCCUCCAAGUACACGAUAUUGAUGACGACGACGAACAACACGGCAACACAGGCGGCAAAGGCCGCCGCAAGGUCAAGGAAGUAGCCCAGUUUUACGACGAGCGGUGGUCUAAAAAGCGCAUGAUCAGCUCCAUAGAUUUCUCGCCCAAAUUCAGCGAGCUGUUCCUCGCAUCCUAUACCAAGAACCCGACCGCUCCCCACGACCCGGACGGCAUCGUCCAAGUCUGGAACCUCCACCUGCACGACCGGCCCGAAUUCGUCUUCCACGCCCAGUCCGACAUUCUCACCGCCAAAUUCUCCCCUUUCCACCCUAACUUGAUUAUCGGCGGCGCCUACAGCGGCCAGGUGCUCCUGUGGGACACGCGGGCGCGUGCCGCACCCGUGCAGAAAACGCCACUCACCGGAUCCGGCCACACGCACCCGGUGUAUUGCGUGGACAUUGUCGGCACGCAAAACGCAAACAACAUCAUAUCAUGCUCGACGGAUGGCGCGGUGUGCGGGUGGACCGUCGACAUGCUCGCGCAGCCGCAAGAGACCAUGACGCUGAUCGCCCCGCUCCCAGCAAAAGUCGAGGACCUGAGCCCCCUGUGUAUGGCCUUCCCCCAGGCCGACCCCACCUUUUUCCUCGUCGGCUCCGAGGAGGGCACCAUCUACCCCUGCCACCGCUACGACCGCGCCGGCGCCAAGGCCGGCGUCGACGCGCGCGUCAGCUACAAAGGCCAUGCUGCGCCCGUCGUGUCAGUAGCCUUCCACCCCGCCCGCGGUCCCGUUGAUCUGGGCGACCUGGUGCUCUCAGCGAGCCUGGAUUGGAGCGUCAAGCUCUGGAAGGUACGCGCGCCAGCCACCACGUCGGCGGUGGUCGCUGCUGGCGGGCUGGGCGCCGCGAGCGGCGAGACGCAGGUGUCCCCGCUGCUGGACUUUGUGCGCGAGGACGUGGUCUACGACGCGGCGUGGUCUCCCGUCAAGCCGGGCGUCUUUGCGCUGGUCGACGGCGCCGGCUGGCUGGAGCUGUGGGACAUUACGGUCGAGACGGAGGAGCCCGUCGCGCGCAUCUCGCCCAGCCCGCGCAAGGACGGGCGCACCAUGCUCAGCAAGAGCCUGAACAAGGUCGCGUGGGAGCCGACCGAGGGGAAGAGGUUGGCUACCGGCGGCAUUGAUGGUGCUGUCACUUUGUGUGAGGUCGGCCCGGACCUGGGCGGGAAGGAGGGGCUGAAGAAUGAGGAGUGGACCAUGGUCAAGAAGCUGGUGAAUAAGAUCGAGGCGGUGGGCGUCAAUAAUGCUACGGCUAUGUGAAGGGAUGGAUAUGAUUGUCUUCUUUAGGGCCGGAGGGUUAGUUGGGAGUAGUGGGGACCUGUUGUACUGGCGGUUUGAGCCGUGUGAUGUAGAUACCUAACAUAACAACUGGGUGAGCUCCUACAAUCGACGGGGUUGUUUGUGGC